AUGACUGUUACGCCUCAAUUUCACCAGCUCUGCUCAAGUGACUUUGUCCGAGAUGAUCGCUGGUUACUCUAUUUUAAACAUUCGCCAUCAGUGAAUACAACAAACAAUUCGGCCAUUAUCACUUUUGGUAGUGGUGAUUUUCGUGGGGCUGCCGGUACUAGUCUAUUUUUAUUAAUGCAAACAUUGUGUGAAACAGCCAAUACAACUGUUGUCAAUGCCGCAACUGUUUUUGGCGCCACAAAACUAGUAAAUGUAUAUCCGAUGUCACAUGCAUUAUUCGAAGAGAAGACCACCGAACUGGCACAGCAAUUUCAACAAGAAACACAAGCUUCUUUUCUGAUUCUGUUCUCUCAAGUAAACACGGGAAUUAGAAAUAAUCAAUUCUACAACCCAUCGAAUCCUGCAGCUGUUCCAGUCAUCGGGUCAACCGCCGGUCUACAAACACGCACCAUCACAGUUCUCUCACCAUCUCAAACAACAUUUUCGUUCCUGCAAGAUCAACAAAAGUUAGGUCUCUCAUGUUUAUGUUCACAAACCUCUACUCAACAAAAUGUAUUUCUCUCGAUUUCAUCUCGUUUACAUCAAGUAUGUUCUAGCGAUUUUGUUGCUGAACAAUGGUGGGGUUUUCUCUGGGGAACGGAUUCUGUGAGCAAUUUUCGAGAUCUUCAACUUCUUAGCAUUCAGUUUCGUGUUCUUGCAUCAUUAUGUACAUUAGCACAACAGUCUAUCGACAAUGACACAAGUGCAUUUCUCAACAAUAAAUUAAUUACUGUAGAAGCAAUAUCAUUCAGCUCAUUUCAAGCUCAAAUAGAUUCACUUACAAACGCAUUUAUUGCUCAAACACCAGACAAAUUUCGCCGUACUCAGUUGUUUAUUUAUGAGACAUUUCGUGCAAAUCAGCUACUGGUUGUACCUGCAACAGAUUGGCAGUUAGCUUUUACGACUGCGGCGUAUAAUUACGUCAUUGCCACUGUGCCACGUAAUUCAUUUGGAAAUAAUUAUUCAUGUAUUACAUCAUUAGAUAGCUUCUCACGACCACUGUAUAUUGAUGUCAAUUACAAUAAAAUAGUAUUACCUGGUGUGGUAGCUAGUUGUUUACCAGUUGAUGGUAUUCGUCUGUCUACUCUAGAAUGUUUCUUUAAUUCAAACUGUAUUCUUAAUUUGACAAGCAUUGCAUCGACACGAAAUACCACUAUUUGGAUUCCCAAACUGCUCAAUGCUUCAACAUCUAGUAUUUAUCCUUCAAAUACAUCCAUAGGCAGUCUCGCUGAUAGUUUAUUCGUGGAAGAUUGGGGAAUUAAAAGUAAUUAUUCCAGCUACUUUGCUUCGUGUGCUCCGCAUUCGUGUUCAUACCAAUACAUUGAUCAUAACACAAUACUCUACAUAAUCACAACUGUACUUGGACUGUAUGGUGGAUUGACAGUGAUUCUUCGUUUUAUUGUCUGGCGUGGAUGGCGUAUGCAUCGAAAGAUUAUGGGAUGGAUGCAAAUAACUCCUCAUCCAGCAUCAACACAAGUAGUUCCCUUUCAGCCAACCAUCUAUAUUGAAUGA